GAGAACGGAUGCGGAAGGGCAGUGCCUUGGGCACGGCGUCCUCUCAGAGCGCAUGCGCAGCGGCAAGGAUGGCCGGAACUUGAAAGCUGCGAGUUUUCCGUCGCGGAGGCGACCAUGGUGCGUCCUGUGAGGCAUAAGAAACCAGUCAAUUACUCACAGUUUGAGAACUCUGACAGCGAUGAUGACUUUGUUUCUGCAACUGCACCUUUAAAUAAGAAACCCCGAACAACACCAAAGGAGCUAAAACUAGAAACAAGGAAACCUAAACUGAAGAAUCUCCAGAAGGAAGAUAUCCCAGCACAAGAGAAAACUCCUAAAAAAAGGAUGGCUUUAGAUGACAAGCUCUACCAGCGAGACUUAGAAGUCGCACUAGCUUUAUCAGUGAAGGAACUUCCGACAGUCACCAUUGAUGUGGAAGAGGCUCAAGAUAAAAGCACUGGGAAAUGUGGCAGCAGCGAAACUGGGACAAUGAAUAAGGCUCCCCAUAUCUCUAAUUGCAGUGUAGCCAGUGAUUAUUUAGAUUUGGACAAGAUCACUGAGGAAGAUGAUUUUCAUGGUGUUGAAGGGAAAAGAAAAGCAGCAUCAAAAGCUGUGGUACAACAGAGGAAGAUUCUUCUGGAAGGCAGUGAUGGCGAUAGUGCUAAUGACUCUGAACCAGACUUUGCAACUGGUGAAGAGUCUGAGGAUGACUCCGACUUUAGUGAGAGUGAAGGCGAUGACGAAGACUUCACUAUGGGAAGAAAUAAAGUGAAAGAAAUGAAAAAGAAAGAAGUAAAGGUAAAAUCCCCAGCUGAAAAGAAGGAGAAGAAACCUAAAUCCAAAUGUGACACUUGGGAAGUGACUUCAGGAGACUCUCUUCCAGCUGCCAUGAAGUCAGAGUCGCAGCCUUCACCAAAAAAAGUUUCUCUUUCUUCAGAGGUCACUAGGAAACCACCACAAAUACGCAGCCCUUCAGCUGAAAGCAGAAAACCUAAGUGGGUCCCACCAGUGAUAUCUGGAAGCAGCAGCAGCAGCAGCAAGAGCCCACUGCCCGGGGUGUCUAUUAAGUCUCCAAAUCAGAGUCUCCGCCUUGGCUUGUCCAGAUUAGCACGAGUUAAACCGUUGCAUCCAAAUGCUGCUAGUAGCUGAGUGUGAUAGUAAACAAAUGUUUGAUUAAGAGAAUCACAGUUUUACAGGUAUGUUGAUAUCUGACUUGUGUUUCUAUUUAAGGAGGGUAUCAUAAUAUAAAGGAAUCCUUGAAUGUCUUGUGAAUUGCCUACUACCUAUUUUGUGAUGAUGUUCUCUGAAGCUAUUCAAGACUUCAAGAUUAUUUAUAAGAAUUAUCUUGUAAUGGCAUUUCCUUCUGAAGAACGUACUCUAUUUUUCCUGUGUUCAAUAAGUCACUGUCGUUAAGUGGUUGUCACUUUGACAUGGAGGAAGUCCAAAUUGCAUGCUGUUGUUUUCAAGCUUUGUUUUGUUUUCUAGUAACACGAUAUUGCUUUCUAGCUUUGUCUAAUUUAUGGCACCUUAACUUUCACUGUUCAGAGUUUAUCUGGCAGAAGGAAACAUUCCCAUUUUUUCCAGGAGACAUUUCUGAAAUCUUACUUAGGUUACAUUGUCAGUUUUAUUGCAAAGAUAUUUCAUAUUUUAGCCAAAUCUUUUUAUAGUAAGAAUUCAGAAUUGUUUUACGUGUUAAAAUGUUUGCUAAAAUAUGGCAUAUGUCUUCUACUCAGUAGAUAUUUAUUGUAUAGCAAAUAGAAUUUCAUGACAUUUUAUGAAGCUGUCAUUGUCAAAAACCUUCAAUAAUAUGGAAGAGUCUUGGUAUGCUCUUUUCCUUGAUACUGUUGCAUCCAUCUAUCUCUGAUUGUAUUUCAUGAUUAAAUGAAUAUUUUGCCAAAAAAAGUUAGUCUUUUUGUUGUAAAUAUAAAGGGGCGAGCUGUUUCUUAAAAUAAUCACUUUAUGUUAAGCCAGUGCUUUAGAGGGUGGCUUUCAAGCACUUAGUUAUCCCUAUUAUGAUAUUACAUAACAUAGCUUCUCAGGAAGUUUAGAUGUGAAUUUAUUAUGAAUAAAAGUAGUUAUAGAUAUUUUAUAUUUUAUGAUGAGAAUUUCAACUAGCUCCUGAUCACUUUUUAAUAAAAACUCUUCAAAUCAUGUUAACCAUUAGGUGUGCCUGGGUAGCUCUGUGUCUUGGUUUUGGCUCAGGUCAUGAUCUCCGGGGUGUGGGAUUGAGCUCUGUGCUGAGCAGAGUUGGCUCCAGAUUCUUUCCCCACCUUCUCCCUCCCCUCUCUGUU